GCGCAUGAUAAAAGUGCGUGUACCUGCGACUGAAGUUUAUACUCGCCGUCCAGUUCAGCAGACAUGGCCGCAAUUAAAACUCUCUACGAUGUUUCUGCAAGGUUACUUACAGGAGAGAUAUUGAAUUUCUCAUCACUUAAGGGUAAAGUUAUCCUUAUCGAGAAUGUGGCAUCUCUAUGAGGCACGACCACCAGGGAUUACACCCAGAUGAACGAACUCCACGAGAAGUAUUCCUCAAAGGGGCUUGUGGUUCUGGGAGUGCCCUGCAACCAGUUCGGACAUCAGGAGAAUUGCAACAAUGAGGAAAUUCUGCAAUCUUUGAAAUAUGUUCGACCAGGAAACGGCUUCGAGCCCAAAUUUAAACUCCUUGAGAAGGUCGACGUAAAUGGAAAAGAUGCCCAUCCUUUGUUUGUGUUUCUGAAAGACAAGAUUCCUUUCCCCAGCGAUGAGCCGAUGUGUUUCAUGACGGAGCCCAAAUAUAUCAUAUGGAGUCCCGUUUGUAGGAAUGACAUCGCUUGGAAUUUUGAGAAGUUUCUCAUUGGUCCGGAUGGAGUGCCCUUUAAGCGGUAUGGGCGCAGAUUCCUCACCAGCAACAUCGAGGCAGAUAUCAAGAAGCUUCUUAACAUUGCUAACUAAAACGUCCAAGCAUAGUUUCAACAGAGGCAAUAUGUUACAUCGGCUAACCUUUCUUUGAUUUAUUUCCAUCACAGUCUGAUAGUCUAGUCUUCCGUGAUUAUCUUGCCUCUGUGAGACAUGCUGUUGCCAGUGGGCCAUUUGUGCUCAUAUACAAUGUGCCUGUGUGAAGAUGUUCAAUUAAUGAAGGUAUUCUUUUAAACAUAUUUGUGGGGGAUACCAGAUGCCAUUUUAACGUCUUGACUUGACAGUUGCAAUGUCUAUGGAAAGCACAAUAUGCUCUGCUGACUGAAUAAAUAUAUUUUUUACAUGAAA